AUGCUUGCGCGAUCUAUUCUUCGUCCCACCACCGGCGCUGCUCUGCUCAAGACGGCUGUCCGUAACUCGACAAGGCGAACCGCCACAUCCUCCGCCACAUCGUCAAAUGCCGAAUCGCCGAGAAACCUGAACAUUGCAGGAACAGUUUCGACUUUGACGGCUAUCGGAUCUAUUGCCUGGUAUUAUCAGCAAUAUGGAUGCGGGUUUGGUGAAGUACAUGCUGCGACUCCAGCGGAGGAGGGAUUGCAUGCUCCGAAGUACCCAUGGGACCACCAGGGAUGGUUGAGCACCUUUGACCACCAAAGUCUCCGUCGUGGCUUCCAGGUCUACCGCGAAGUCUGCGCCUCAUGCCACUCUCUUUCACGUGUUCCAUGGCGUGCACUUGUCGGCGUGUCUCACACUGUCGACGAGGCCAAAGCUAUGGCUGAAGAGAAUGAGUAUGACGAUGAGCCCAAUGACCAGGGCGAGAUCCAGAAGCGAACUGGAAAGCUUUCCGAUUACAUCCCAUCGCCUUACCCUAACGAUGAAGCUGCCCGUGCUGCCAACCAGGGAGCCCUUCCACCAGACCUUUCUCUCAUCACCAAGGCAAGGCACGGAGGCUGCGACUAUGUCUAUGCUUUGCUGACAGGAUACCCCGAUGAACCCCCAGCGGGUGCUAAUGUUGCUGAGGGCUUGAACUUCAACCCGUACUUCCCUGGGACUGGAAUCGCUAUGGCCCGUGUAUUGUAUGAUGGCCUCGUAGAAUACGAAGAUGGAACCCCCGCGACCACAUCCCAGAUGGCCAAGGAUGUUGUGCAGUUCCUUAACUGGGCCGCGGAGCCAGAGAUGGACCAGAGGAAAAAGAUGGGAAUGAAAGUUAUCAUCAUUUCCUCUGUCUUGGUUGGUCUCUCAAUCUGGGUUAAGAGAUACAAGUGGGCUCCUAUCAAGGCUAGAAAGAUUGUCUACAACCCCCCCAAAUAA